GAAAUGGGGACGUUUGUAACUGCUGUGGUUGCUUACGGCGAGGAAGAAGAAGAUGACGAGGAAGAAUAUUAUGAAUCAGAGCAUUUGCCUCCCCUCUUAGAAGACGAGGAGAAUGUGUCCUUGGCGGACAUCCUGUCGCUGCGAGACAGCUGUCUGUCAGAGGAGGAGGUGCUGGCCGUGUGUGUGGAGUGUGUGUGCUCGCUCCAGGGCAUCGCUCUGUCGCCGCUCUUCCACACCCUCUGCAUCACGCCCGACACACUGGCCUUCAACGCCCACGGCAACGUGUGCUUCAUGGAGCAGCUCAGCGACGAUCCAGAAGGCUCGUUUGUACCUCCAGAGUUUGAUAGAACUGGGAGUACAUUUGAGGGUCACGUGUACUCGCUGGGCUGCACCCUGUGCGCGGCGCUGGACUUUGUCAUCGAGCCCGAGCUGAAGGCGGAGCUGGGGGCGGAGGUCAAGAGGCUGCUGGAGCAGAUGCAGCAGGAGAAGCCGGAGGACAGGCCUCGGCCUCAGGACAUUCUGUCUUUAGGAGAGCUCAGACUCACAUCCAGCUCAUCGCUGACCAUCUGUCGCAAGCUGUCUUCCAUCGGAAGAAGAGUCCUGUCCAUUGAAUCAGUCUCCACGCUUCAAGAUAAAUGGGAGACAUCUUGGGAGAGCCACUGGAGGCAGGUGAAAGCCUGCCAACUGUUCUCAGAACAGUCCUCAGCUGACGGGUGCAGCGGUUUGGGGGAGAACCACAUCAGCGACUGGGGUGCCGCGGGAAGCUGUGCAGACAACAGCCAGGAGGAGGAGGAGGAGGAGGAUGACGAGCAGCCCCCACAGCAGUGCCACUGCCCCCGGCCCUCUCCCUGGAGGCCUGCGGAGAAGGAGAGCUGUGAGAACGGCCUGAUGGGUAGAGAACCCGGGGUUCCUGAGGGCACGCAGGAGGCGUUCCAGACUCCGGGCGACAGCAGGUCCCAGAACAGCUCGCCCGUGCACUGCCGGGCGCCGGCGAGAAGGAGGCCGCCGUGGGCCGUCCUCCACCGUUCGUGGUCCGUGCCGGACUCGCACGACCCCCCGCCGAUGCUGUCCCCGCCCCCGCACCCGGACAUCAGCUACCACGUGGAUGACCUGACGGAGAUCGGGGCGGACGAACCCAGCGCCGGCCGGCCUCUCGUCUGGAGCCAGGUGCUCCGGAGAGGGUCCUCGUCUGCCCCGCCGCCCGAGGAGGCCUCAGGGACGGAGGUGUUGACCGCUGGUGCUCACGCGACCGCCGACGGCAACGGAAGCGGAGUAGCUGAUUGGUCUGAGAACGAGGCCGUAGAUGACCAGACGUCUCCCUCCUGGUCGAGUGCGGAGACCAUUAGGGACAACCACAUGUACAGCCUCAAUAAUCACAUGACUAAAAGCAUGCUGUGCCUCAACGAGGAAUCUCAGGAUGAGUGGAUCUCCCUGAGGGAGCUGCUCUCGCGCUGCGCUCGCCCGCUGUCGGUGAAGGAGCUGUGGGCGCUCUGCUACACCUGUCUGGCCACUCUCCAGACCUACAUCGACUUCCCAGCUUAUUUGUGCCUGGAUACUGUGUAUGUGGGCUGUGAGGGUGACAUUCUAUUUCUGAAGCCUAAAACCACAGGAUCAUGUGAUGCCUUUUAUUUGGCACCCGAAUAUUUGGAGCAUGGCAUUGUGACAGAAAAGGCCUGUGUGUACGGGGUGGCUGCCAUCCUCUGGGCCACAGCCAAGUUCAAUUUGUCCCCUCAUCAAAAGCUGGCCAUGCCCAGAAAACUGAAGAGGCUCCUCCUGGAGAUGGCAAAGAGGACCCCCCUCGAGAGGCCUACUAUUGUUAUGGCAAAGAAGAGCUGCCGUGACUACCUGUCUCGCCAAGGCACUGCUGCGGAGGCUGUGUGGACCCAGCUCAUCAACAGAGUCCACAAAUCACCUAGUGGCAGAGCUGGAGAGGCACACAGCGAUGUGGACGGCACACGUUCACAGGCACAGGUCACAGCGGCCUUUAAGCCCAUAGCCAGCAAAGGCCUCCUGGCUCCAGUCCUGGGCCCCAUUCCCCACAGUUACCCAUUCACCACGGCGACGCAUCUGCCCGAGGCCUUCACCUCUCCUGCCACGCACUUCAUCCCCAUCGUCCUGGAACGGAAUGAGGGCACGGACGCGGAGCCACCCAGGGCCGAGGCUGGCGCUGAGAUGACUACAAAUGGAGUUGUGACGAGAAGUGACAGCUCAUCCUCGGGGACCCCGGAGGUGACAACGACCCGCCCACCCGCCUCAGGCUCACCUCUCCCUGAUCCAGGCUCGGACCUGACGGAGGCCAGCAGGGCUGGGACUUCCAAAGUGGUGGGCGGGCUUACGCAAGAUGACCACUCCUCCUCCUCCUCCUCCUCCUCAAGUAGCCAGACUCUUGUCAAUUCUACCCCUCCGGUCCACCAUUCGGCCAAUCCUGCUCCAUCUGAUAAUUGCCUGCCUGUUUUCAACAACUUCCUCCUGCAUCAGGACCCCCAGACAGGGAGGGUCACCCUGGUGCCCGUGCAGAUAACCACGGCACAGCCUUUCACAGGACUGGACCUUUCCGCUCUGCCCUUGACCGUAGGGUCAGGACGACCGCAGGUGAGAACUGCUCCGAGCCGCCACAAGCUGCCGCCGGACCCUCCCCUACUACCCCCCUCCGGCCAAUCGCACUGUCCGGCUCUGCUGCACAUCAUCGGCCUGCUCAGGGAACAGUUUGCCUACGACGGCUACAUGGAGAAUGGAAUUCACGACCUGGCCAUGGGACAGUACAUCUUCUCCCUGAGGGAGCUGCAGUUUGAGACCUUCUGCCGUGUCAUCACGGAGAAGUUUCAUGACCUGUACUGGGAAGAGGAACUCCUGGCUGUGCUGUACUGCACUGCCAAUUAUGACCUCCUUUCUGUAGCCUCUAAUGAACAGGCGCCAUCAAAGCCGCUAGAAAGGGCAUCCCCAUCGCCCCAGAGUGCAGGGCGGAGAGACCACACACACCAGGUGGAGAGCUCCCACCCCGACUGCCGUGCCAACCCGCGGCCGGCGAACUCGCUCGCUGCCCCGACGCUAGUCCUGCCACGCCCACCGGAACUUAACAGGGAGAAGGGGAACACCGCUAGACUCGGAACAACAGAGAACGUUUCGAAACGCAAGAGCACCCACGACAAGACAACAGCUCCAUGUCUGCAGGAACGAAAACAGGAAGUGAUAUCAAAGGAGAGUAGGGAGCAUGGUGGCGCAGUGGAGGUGAGAGGUGUUGGGGGCUCACUCGGGGGGCAGAUGGAGGGCGUUGGGUCUCCCGCUGUGGAAGCCCCUGAUGAAAGCCCGUCUGAAGCCGAGCCCCUGAGCCCGUCGGAGGGCUGGGAGGAGCUCGGGGGUCCAUGCGGCGGUCUGGCUAGCCGGCUCGGGCUGGAGCUGGACCCUGGCGAUUCGGGAUCGUCCGGCCAGCUGCACCACGACUCCUCCGUGGACAUGGAGGACGCGGACUCGCUGGGCUCCAACAGCCUCGGGCCGCUCGGCGGCUCGGCCAGAGGUGGCCCCCAGGGGCUCGGCUGCCACAGGCCGGCCUGGGCUCUGGCCCUCCACGGGCAGGAGUGCUUCAACCAGGAGGUGGUGAGGUAUGCCGGGGAGCUCGGACGACACGGCAAGGGUUCCUCGAGUCUGGAGGAGAAAGCCCAGGAACUUCACCAGCAGUUGACCAUCGAGACCAGAAACAUGAGGAAGACCAGAACUUUCCACCACAAGUUACUGAAACAAGAACGGAAAAACAAAGGAUCGGAAGCGAAAAUUAUGCUGUCAAAACUAAGGAUUCAGUUUGAGGAGCAGAGGACCAAAGUGGAGUUUCUAGACGCUGUGAGAAAGUACCUUGAGGUGUUGUGUUUGGAUCGACAGAGCGUAGAUGUAUCUCUGCUGCCCUCUCUGGCCAAGGGAGGCUCUGGUGGCCUAGAGAUCCAGCCUCAGGAUGACCCAGCACUGCUCACUCUGCUGUCCGAGGCGAGGAGGGGGAAACGGGGCUUGGCGGGCAGCGGCAGCAGCCUCCUGGUGUCAGGGACUCCGCCGGGCCUCAUGUCCUACCUAUACGCCAGAGAUGCUCACAUUGAGGGCUACGUUCAGCAGUUCCUGUACACAUACCGCUACUUCUGCAAGCCUGAAGAGGUUCUGCACUUUUUAAUGGAGACCUUCAGGAGCGUGUCAGGUGAAAAUCAUGAUGACCCGUCGUCAGACGCCACCAAGGUGUUUAACCGCUCGCUGGACCUUCUGCACUGUUGGGUGGAGGACUGUCGGCUGGUGGACUUCGCCUCCAAACCAGGGCUCCAACAGACCCUCUCCACCUUCCUCUGCUCAGAGGUGGCGCCACUGGACUGCCGGGGAGAAAGCCUGCUCGCUGUGCUCCAGGGUGAGCAGGAGAAGAGAUGGAGCCAGGGGGAGUCUGCUCCCUGCUGGGGCCCAGACUGCUCUCUGGAGGACGGGGACGCCCAGUCAGUUCACGCCCGCUGCAGGAGGACGUCGAUGGACGACGGAAGCAAAAAGAGUUUCCAGUGGCGCCUGUCCCGUGUGGUGGAGCCCCAGCCCAAGGAGCCGGUGUUCUCCAUCGCGGCGGUGCUGCCGCGGCCCUGCUACUCCUCCCUGCUCAAGCAGAUGGGCCCCGCGGCCUGCCUCAGGGCUGAGGAGCGCCUGCCCUUCAGCCAGCAGCAGCACAGCGCUCAGCACACGGCCCAGCACCUCACGCUGCUCGAGCAGGAGAUGUUCCACAGCUGUCACCCAGUUCACUUCCUCAACUCACGAGCUCAAGGGGUCAAAGACAAGACCAUGUCCAGAUGCGUGUCUUCUGAAGCAGUGCCUGUAGAGGGCGCCGGCGGUCACGUCCUGUCCGAGGCCUCGCCGCAGGAGUCACCUCUGCUUCAUCUGCUGAGAUACGGCGACAGCGUCACCAACUGGGUCUCCGCCGAGAUCGUCAUCUGCGACUCCGUCAAGGCGCAGACAGCUCUGCUGGCCAAGUUCCUGUCCAUAGCCAAGUGCUGCUAUGAGUCCAGGAAUUUCGCCACGGCCAUGCAGAUCCUCGCCGGCCUGGAGAAUGUCAUCAUCCGCCAAUUACCCGCAUGGAAACAUCUGGGUGUGAAAGUGUGUGAGAUUAUAGAGGAACUUCGAGCUGUUCAGGUGUUCCUGCGGAGCGACAGCCUGUGCCUGGUGGAGGGGGAGCCCCUGCGGGUCAAGCCCACCCUGCCCGACGCCCACAUCUUGGCCCUGCACCUCCAGCAGCUGGAGAUAGGAGCCUUCACGCUCACCACCGGGGCCUACAAGUGGCCCAAACUGAGGGCCAUAGCCCGAGUGGUCAGCCAGGUCCACGCGUUCCAGGAGUUUCCGUACUCCUACGCCGCUGACCCGGAGUUGCAGGCCUACCUGCGCGUGCGCAUCGCUCGCCUGGGCUCCUGCGACGUGCCGCUCCUCGCCGCCGACAACGAGGCCAACUUCCACCAGCUGCCCGGCAGUGACCGCCACUCGCGCCGCAUCCAGGAGACCCUGCGCCGCGUCAGAGCCACCUUUCAGUGAGGCCGUCUCUCUCUCCCCUUGCCGGACACGACAGUGUGACGCCGUGACACCCAUCUGAUCUGAGAUCAAAGCGAGGGCGUGGAGAGCCUCAGGAUUGGGACACGCUGUUGUACUCCA